GUUAUCCGGCUCUUAUCCCCUCUCCUCCCCACCCACCCAGCCGCUCCGCUCCUCCCCACCAUGGCGGCCCUCCGCCCCCGUGCCGCCGCCGCCGACUGCGGCGUGCCGCGGCCGGUCUACGUCCGCCGCCGCGGCUCUUCCUCGACGCGAGGACCCUUGUUGCCCUUCCGCUGGAAGCUGAAGGGAAGUAUGUUGAAUUGGAAAUCUAAGUGCAGUACCAGAAGUCUACUGACUACAGUUGCUGGUGCAAAGCCUGAUGAGUCUGAAUUUGAAAGUGUUGAUGCACCCCUUGAACCCCAAACGUGGGAAGGAAGCUUCUUGUGUGGUUUGUUAAAGAACCAGCCACAAGUACUCCCAGUUGCCGCAGCAAAGCAGCUUCAAGAGCUGUCUAGUCAAAGAAAGGACACAUUGAUCCGCUGGGAACAUAGUAUUGGUUCCCCUGAGGACUGCCUUCACAGGCGGAUUGCUGAAAUGAAGGACCAAGAGUGCCAGACUGCUAUUGAAGAUAUCAUGUACACUUUGAUUGUUUAUAAAUUUUUCAAGAUUGAAGUUCCAUUGGUUCCAAAUCUAUCAAAGCUAAUCAGCAAUAGAAGGCUACAAAUAUGGCCAACAAGAGAGACAGAACUGGAAUCAAUUCAUGGACCUGAAACACUAGGUUUAAUUAGGGAGCACUUGACCAGUAUUAUCAGAUGGGUACACAGAAAUGGUCCCAAGAUCAAUCACUCAACACUUCGAAUCAAAAGACUGCAAUUUAGUCGGAUUUAUUCUGCUUCAAUAAUGUAUGGAUACUUUCUCAAAUCUGUCACUACAAGGCAUCGUCUGGAGCUUAUUCUUGCUCGGUCACAAGAAUUUUGCCCACCAAUUCAGUUUCUUAGUGCACAAUUUAAUAUUACCCAGAAACAAGAACAGGAAGAGGCCAUUGGAGGUUCCACAGAAAUGUCGUCUUCCUCAAAACCAAGUUCAGUUGUUGAUCUGCGUGACUUGAAGAGUUACAUGAUGGGCUUUGACCCAAAGACAUUGGAGUUGUGUGCAAGGCUGCGCUCAUGUGAAGCUUCGAAUCUCAUUGAAAAGCACAGUUGGGCACUGUUCAGAGGAAGCAUGAAAGAUUUCCUGGAGCCUGACGAGGCAGUCAUACUUGAUCCAUCAUCCCUAAAAAGAUUGCUGCUUGAAGCCAUUGCAUUUGGCUCCUUUCUUUGGGAUGUUGAGGAUUACGUCGACGAGAUUUACAAGUUGCAUGACAGCUGAAAAAUGAUUUGCAGGAAAUUCCUGAAGCCUUGUAAAUAUUCCUGAAUCUUGUAUAUAUGAUUAGAGAUUCAGCUUUUUGUCCAUGUAAAUCUUCCUAUCAAAAUCAUGUAGGUUCAAGCAUGCCAGAUUGCCAGGGUGCUGAAUGGCCGCCGUAAUUUCUUAUACAAUGGUUUUGGUACAAUGUCUAGAGCCA